ACUUGUUAUCUAACCAUCUGGCAGCCUGGUCGUUUGUUUUUGUUUUUAUUCUGAAUUGAUAUUGUUUUUGUCAUUUCGUUUUUUUUAUGUGGAACAUUUGUAGAACUUAAGUGGGAAGUCAAGGAAACGGAAGCACGAUGAAUGUCCUUAGGAGCUUGGAUCGUCUAAUCGCACCAACUGCCCUACGCAGCGUCGCCAUCUCCAAGGGCUUGUGGUCUCACAGAAACCAAAGCACAACAAGCUCCUCUGGAAGUCCCACCGUAAAUGCUGCCGAGGUGCGUGGGGUAGCCCAAAUUCUGCGCGAGCAAAAGGGUAACCUAGGGCAGCCCACUAGCGUCUCGCAUCCGCAUCUAAUCCAGCCGGAUGAGCUGGUUCCAGGCGUAGAGAUGUCCGAGAUCAAGGAGCGGCGUGUGCAACUGAUGCAGAAUAUCCGCGCCUAUGCACGCAGCUUUGGCGGCGAGUUUAACGGUCAUUCGAGCCCCAGUCACAUGCUUGUUCUGGGUGCCGCCUCCAAAAAAUACAUGAGUGGGAAGAUUCCCUAUGUGUUUCGACAGAACUCGGACUUCUACUACCUCACUGGUUGCUUGGAGCCAGACGCCGUGCUUCUGUUGACCAUCGACGAAUCCGAGAACGUGCAUUCUGACCUAUUUAUGCGUCCCAAGGAUCCGCAUGCCGAACUGUGGGAUGGUCCGCGCACUGGUCCUGAGCUGGCCGUACCGUUAUUUGGCGUCACAGAGGCCCAUCCGCUGGGUCAAUUGGAGGCGGUGCUGGCUAGGAGGGCUGGCGCCCUAAAGCCACACAUCUGGUACGACCAGAAGAACUCGGAUAUGCCUUCUUUAACGGAAAACAUGCUACGGCUAAGCGGUAAGGAGCAGCGACCGCUAAUUCCCUCCUACACUUUCAUCGAGACAAUGCGUUUGCUUAAGUCACGCGCUGAAAUGCAACUGAUGCGUCGUACGUGCGAUAUAGCCUCACGUUCGUUCAACGAGGUGAUGGCCGAAUCGCGGCCAGGGCAAUCCGAACAUGAUCUUUUUGCUGCCAUAGACUACAAGUGCCGUAUGCGCAGUGCCAGCUACUUAGCAUAUCCACCCGUGGUAGCUGCUGGGCAGAACGCCACGGUGAUUCACUACGUGAACAACAACCAGCUGUUGCGUCCGCAUGAUUUGGUUCUGAUGGAUGCCGGCUGCGAAUACGGCGGCUAUACCAGCGACAUUACGCGCACCUGGCCGGCUAGCGGGCAAUUCACGGACCCGCAGCGCACACUGUACGACAUGCUGCAUCAGUUGCAGGGAGAGAUCAUUGACACUGUGAUGAAGCCGGGUGGCGAGACACUCGACCAGCUGUUCGAGACUACCUGCUAUAAGCUGGGCAAAUACCUGCAAGAGAUCGGUCUGGUGUCGAAGUCGGUGAGUGACUACAAAGAACUGGCCGGCCAGGGAUACCGCUUCUGUCCACAUCACGUUUCCCACUAUCUUGGCAUGGACGUGCAUGACACGCCGCACGUGCCGCGCAACACGCGCAUUGUGCCCGGCAUGGUUUUUACCGUGGAGCCGGGCAUCUAUAUUGGCCAAGACUGUGGCGAUGUGCCACCCGAGUUUCGUGGUAUUGGGAUUCGCAUAGAGGACGAUCUGCUUAUUAACGAACACGGUCAAGUGGAGGUUCUCACAGACGCCUGCAUCAAAGAUCCUCGCGCCCUGCAAGAGUUGUGCCAUAAACAACAUAGGGAUCCCGGCGCCACCGCAGAAGCUUUAUAAAAUCUUCAAGCGGGGGCGGAUCACAAAAUUCCUAGUCAUAAGUCAGAUUGUUUACACAACAGUCAUUCUCCCGAUAAUUUUACCAUUCAGUCUGAAUCCUAAAGUAAAAGCAGCUGGUGUAUUUUUGAAUGCAUACAUGGCAAAUACAUUUUAAAUUCAGUC